AAAGUUCUUCCGUCCUGAUUUUGGGGCCUUAGCUCAAUUGCUAUGCGCCAAGCAGAGCAAUCACUCAGCGGAGAGCAUUGGGGUGUAUCUACGUAAAGUGAAGCAAGCUAUCUCCACAACGGCAGCUCGAUUCUCUGGAUUUAUGCAACACGAUGCGCAAGAGUUCCUCUGUCAGUGCCUGGAUCAACUCAAAGACGACACCGAAAGGGCCAACAAGAGGGCGCUAAACUCCCCCUUGGACGAGACCCCAGGGACGGAUGAUGAUAAAAUUAAACUGAGGUUUCGCUAUCCGCACGACUGCCCGAUUGUCAAGAACUUUGAAUUUGAAGUCAUGCACUCUACGAUCUCUCGCUGGACAUGCCCAGAAGGAGUCAUUCUAACCCGAUCGGGUCGAUCCAGACGGCACUGGAGCAGUUCUUCAGAGAGGAGGGUAUAGAGUAUGCCUGCGGAGAAUGUGACUGCAAGCAGGCUAUAGUCACGCAUAAGUUCACUAAGCUACCAA